AUGUCCGCCAUCGCCAAGGAGGUCCUCAUUAAGACCGGCAAUGCCCUCCCCAUCAUCACAAAGUCCACUCAGCCCAAGAGCCUCUACAGGGCUCUCAAGGUCAUGGACAGCAACGGCGUCGGAGAGGCUGUUACAACGACAAAGCUCUUGAACAAGGGAUUCACAGACUGCUACUAUAAGGUGACCUCGGUCAAGCUCCGCGGGCCCGAGUUGAACCACGGCAAGGCAUACGGAGUCGAGGUCUGGAAGGGCAAGGUCUUGAACGAGGGCAACCCCGUCGAGAUUCGUGGAGGAUUGAAGUGGAACUGGACCAAGUACACCCCAUCAGUGGAGCACGUCCCAGCAGCACCGGUCAAGGCAUAA